GAAGAGUGUCACAUGACAUGCUAGAGCAGGAAGAUUUGGAUGCUGCCAAUUGUUUGAUGGACUUGGCAAAAGACACAGGUUCGGUGGAUCGGCUCCUUGCAAAAGCACCUACCAACCAGAAUAGGAAUCCUAAAAAGAUAUCCGCUUCUGCAUUUGACUCGGAAUUUUCCAUUAUUCACUUUCUUUCUGCUGUUCGGCUUGUAUUGAUCACUCCAGUCGCAGAAGAUUUUACUGUAACACAUAGCAGGCGAGUGGAGGUUGCCAACAGUGGAAAAGGACCUAGACAUGGCCUCUGUAUGGAAAUCAUUGGCAAAGAUGCAAGAAACAAUUCUCUCUUUCAACUGCAUAAGAGUGACAAAUGCAUCAAUGCUUCAGAAUGUGUACAGAAGAAAUUGCCUUCUCUUACAAUUGAAGAAAUCGUGCAACGGCUGAGAUCCAGCCCUGGAGAUUCACGUAUAUUUGAGCUGAAAGCGUCUCUUAAGGAUUUAGUCCGGGGAGCUUUAAAGAUAUUUUCAUCGACAAUAGCUCCUUCAGGGGUACCUUCCUGGCAGCCGCUGAUUACGUAUCACAAAUCUAGUAAACAUUGGUCAUGGAUUGGUCCAAUCCCAUCUCUCUUAUUUCGAGGUGAAUGUGUCUGUGUAUCUUCUAAGGCUUGGGGCUUGAGGAGCCAAACUCUUAAUAAGCUAGUUGAGUGCUUUUCUGAAUGGUUGCGAGCCUCAAGAGACAUGCUUCAGAAGAUUUGGAAUCUUCCUCCGCCACCAUUGGAGUUCAUGGUACAUUGGAGCAGUGCUGAAAGGUUUAGCGCCACAAGAAAUCUGAAGAUUAGCAUUGCCACCAUUAGUCCAAGCAGUGAGCAAGUGAGAGCAUAUUUCCGCAUGGAAGAAGCUUUGAGGUAUUUAGUCCCACAACAGUCAUUUUCUUAUACAACUGUUGACGGCGAGAAAUCUUCAGUUGCUCCUAUGAGGAGGUGUAGUGGUAAGCCAUCAAGAAAAGCCCGGGACCAUUUCAUUUUAAAGCCCAAUCGGCCUCCUUGUUUCACUAUGCUUUGCCUUGUGAGAGAUGCAGCUGCUAGAUUACCUGACGGCAUGGGUACAAGAUCAGAUAUAUGUACUCUAGUUAGGGACUCUCAGUUCAUUAUUGAAGACAUCGAUGAUGAUCAAGUUGAACAUGUUGUAAGCGGAGCCUUGGACCGCUUGCACUAUGAACUUGACCCGUGUAUACGAUUUGAUAGGGAUUCUCGGUUGUGGUUUUACAUGCAUGGAGAUAGAGAGCAAGAAGAUUAUGAAUAUGAUGGCACUUCUUCAAUCAAGAUCCACAACAAAAUGAAACUGCCAACCUUGGGUGUUCGGAGAAGAAGGCGUGCCUUAUAAGAAUUUAGAAGGGAGUUGGUUGCAUGCUGUAAAAUAGUGCAAGUCCUGAACAACAAUGCAUUUGGGUUCAACGCCCUGCGCACUCUACAUCUAGAAGAUUGGCGAGUCCCCCCUGCUUAUAUUAAAACCUUCCAAUGCCCACCUCAUGGUGUCCAAGUAUGGCCGUCCGCUAUUGGGAUGUGAACAUCAUACGUUGCUUGCAUAAGGCUAUAUAUAUAUGAUGUUGGAGAUUUUGGAAAUACUUACUGGUUGACAUUUGUUCAGUUUACUUGGUUUUAAUGGAAUGUUAGUCCCUUCUUUACUUGGAUAAUGGAAUCAUAUCGAUUGAUUUCAAAAUAGCCGUUCCAAAGAAGGUCAAACUCUAAAGGCCUACUGUUGUAUCAUUCAAGACACGGGGGUCGAAUAGUCAGUAGUCUGCUCUUGAAGUUUAAUGGUGCUGGAGCUCAAAUUAAUAUUUUUGAAUGAUUAGCUGAAUAUAGUCGCAAAGUGAUGCUUUGCUUUUCUUCAGCGACUAAUACAUUAUCGUUAACCUGGAAAUUACAAGUGCCAGCAUUAAUA